AUCUGCCUGUAAUUAUGUAUGUACCUGCCAUUGGUAGGCUGCUCAACAAGCAAUGCAAUAACUGAUAACAGCAAAGGAUAAAGCAUCGGUUUGGGUGAUCAAAGUUACAAUCAAGAGCAGCAGAUGAAGGAAGAAGAGGGGCUUUAAGAUGAGCAAGAGGAAGUUCAGUGAGCUGGAAAUCACGCUGAUUGUCCUCUUCUGCCUGGUGGCGAUCAUAGCCUGUGUCCUCAUUGGGCUUUUAGCAUCAGGACAAUCCGGAGUCAAAACUAGAGAAUUUGUGCCACAAUGUCCGAACAUAUUAAUAGCAGAGAGAAUUGACUGCAUCCCGGAUCAAGUAGCAACAAAGAGAACCUGCACCUUGCGUGGCUGCUGCUGGAGUCCUGAGAGCAGUACCAGUGUGCCCUGGUGUUUUUUCCCUUCAAAUCAUGGGUAUAAAGUGGAUGGUUCAACAAGAUCAACUCAGGCAGGAUUUGAGACUACAUUAACAAGGCUGCCAUCACCUUCCCUCUUCGGAAAUGAUAUCAACACUGUCCUCCUCACAGGAGAGUAUCAGACACCAAAUCGCUUCCGGUUCAAGAUCACUGAUCCUAAAACACAAAGAUUUGAAGUCCCCCACGAGCACGUGCAAUCUUUCACUGGAUCCGCAGCCUCCGAUUUAAACUACAAAGUGGACGUGAAGCAGAACCCCUUUGGCAUCGCGGUGACCAGAGUGAGCAACGGCAGAGUGCUGUUUGAUACCACCAUAGGACCUCUGCAGUAUGCUGACCAGUUUUUACAGCUAUCAAUCAAACUACCUAGCAGCAACAUAUAUGGUGUGGGAGAGCACGUGCAUAAGCAGUACCGGCACGAUGUUAACUGGAAAACCUGGCCUAUGUUCAGCAGAGAUAUUGGCCCCUCUGGAGCAAUGCAUAACUUAUAUGGAGUUCAAACUUUCUUCCUGUGUUUGGAAGACAGCACUGGAGCCUCUUUUGGUGUUUUCCUAAUGAAUAGCAAUGCCAUGGAGUUUGUGGUGCAGCCUGCCCCAGCAGUGACCUACAGAACCAUUGGUGGGAUCCUUGACUUCUAUGUGUUCUUGGGGAACACUCCAGAGCAAGUAGUCCAGGAGUACCUGAAGCUCGUGGGACUGCCGGCAUUGCCCUCCUACUGGAGCCUGGGUUUCCAGCUCAGCCGCUGGAAUUAUGGGUCUCUGGAUGAAGUGAAGAGAGUUGUGGAGAGGAACAGGGCAAUUGGACUCCCUUAUGAUGCUCAGAUCACUGAUAUUGACUACAUGGAGGAAAAGAAAGAUUUUACCUAUGACAAAGUGAAGUUUCGAGAUCUCCCUAAAUUUGCAGCUUAUAUGCAUGACUAUGGACAGAAAUAUAUUAUCAUAUUGGAUCCUGCUAUUAGCACACAAAAUCUAGUUGAUGGUAGUCCAUAUGGAAGCUAUGUCAGGGGAGAGAGAAGAAAAGUCUGGGUUAAUGAAUCAGAUGGAGUAACACCAUUACUUGGGGAGGUGUGGCCAGGGGAAACUGUAUUCCCAGACUUCACCAACCCAGACUGCACUAGCUGGUGGGUGGAAGAAUGUAAACAGUUUUAUCAGGUAGUGCCGUAUGAUGGGAUCUGGAUUGAUAUGAAUGAAGUAUCCAACUUCAUCAAAGGCUCAAAAAAGGGUUGUGCACAGAAUGACUUAAACUAUCCUCCGUUCACUCCCAGUAUUCUUGAUAAGCUCAUGUUUUCCAAGACACUUUGUAUGGAUGCAGUGCAGAACUGGGGGAAACAUUAUGAUGUCCACAGUCUUUAUGGAUAUUCCAUGGCCAUAUCAACACAGAAAGUCAUCAAAGCACUGUUUCCUGGAAAACGAAGCUUCCUUAUUUCGAGGUCUACUUUUGCUGGAUCAGGAAAGCACACAGGACACUGGCUGGGAGAUAAUGCAGCAACAUGGGAUCACUUAAAAUGGGCAAUACCUGGGAUGCUGGACUUUAACCUCUUUGGAAUUCCUUAUAUUGGAGCAGAUAUUUGUGGUUUCUUUGACAACACCACAGAAGAACUUUGCAGACGAUGGAUGCAAGUAGGAGCAUUUUACCCAUUUUCCAGGAAUCACAAUUGUGAAGGAUUCAUGGCUCAGGAUCCGGCUGUGUUUGGACCCAAUUCAGUUUUGGUCAAAACCUCCAAGUAUUACUUGAACAUUCGCUACACUCUGCUGCCCUACCUAUACACGCUCUUUUAUAAAGCUCACACUCAAGGAGACACGGUUGUACGGCCAGUUUUGCAUGAGUUCUACUCUGAUGAAGUGACGUGGAGUGUCGAUAGGCAGUUCCUGUGGGGGCCUGGGCUGCUUAUUUCCCCUGUACUUGACCCGGGAGUGGAUGCAAUUCAAGCAUAUAUUCCGGAUGCAGUGUGGUACGAGUAUGACACAGGGGCAAAAAUGUCAGUGAGAAAACAAUGGACCAGUAUGCACCUGCCAGCGGACAAACUGGGACUUCACUUGAGAGGAGGCUUUAUUUACCCUACUCAGCAGCCAGCUAACACAACCGUUGCAAGCCGCAAGAAUCCAAUGGGACUUAUAGUUGCGCUGGAUGACAACAAUGCAGCUUCUGGGGACUUGUUCUGGGAUGACGGAGAAUCUGCAGGUACAACUGAGAGUAAAGCCUACAUUUACUAUGAGUUUACAGUUUCCAAUAAUGUUCUACAAAUGAAUGCUAUAAACAGCAAUUAUGCUGAUCCAAACAACUUGAAAUUUGAAGAAAUCAAGAUAUUGGGAGUGCUCCAGGAAAUAACGGCAGUUACUGUAUCUCAGAACAAUGUUGUGGAAAAUUCUCCACUUAAUAUCACCUAUUAUCCUCUAGAAAAGGUUGCUCAUAUAACAGGACUUCAGCUUGAACUGGGAAAAUCUUACACGGUAACAUGGACUCAACAACUGAGUGUCAAUGAAAGGUUUAAUUGUUGUCCCAGUCCCAAUCCAACACAAGAAAAAUGUGAACAACUUGGCUGUGUCUGGGAAGUAACAUCAAACUCGGAUAUUCCACACUGCUAUUAUAGCUCCAACAAUGCCUACUCUGUAGACAAAGUAGAAUACACCUCAUCAGGGUUGGCAGCCAACCUCACCCUAAACAGUGCCAAGACCAAGGCAGAUGAGAAUUUCACUGCACCAAUUAGUACACUACGCUUGGAGGUGAAAUAUCAUCUGAACAACAUGCUGCAAUUUAAGAUAUAUGAUUAUCAAAAUGCACGAUAUGAGGUUCCAGUACCACUAAAUCUCCCAGGCUCCCCAACGAGCACGGAGGAGGAAAGACUCUAUGAAGUAUCAGUUCAGAAAAAACCAUUUGGGAUACAGGUUCGGCGCAAAAGCACAGGAACAGUCAUCUGGGAUUCACAGCUGCCCACCUUCACAUUCAGCGACAUGUUCAUUCAGAUUUCUACCCGCUUAGCAUCCCAGUAUAUAUAUGGAUUUGGAGAAACUGAGCACACCACGUUUCGACGCAACAUGAGUUGGCACACCUGGGGAACGCUCACAAGAGAUCAGCCUCCUACUUACAAGUUGAAUUCCUAUGGUUAUCAUCCAUUUUACAUGGCUCUUGAAGAAGAUGGCAAUGCUCAUGGAGUUCUCUUGCUUAACAGCAAUGCAAUGGACGUGACAUUCCAGCCAACGCCUGCCCUGACGUACCGCACCACUGGAGGAAUUCUUGACUUCUACAUGGUUUUGGGCCCGACACCAGAACUUGUUGUUCAGGAGUACACUGCACUGAUUGGACGACCAGUCAUGCCACCCUACUGGUCAUUGGGAUUCCAGUUAUGCCGCUAUGGCUACAGGAAUGACUCCGAAAUCGCCCAGCUGGUGGAGGGCAUGAAGGCAGCUGGGAUUCCCUAUGAUGUCCAAUAUGUAGAUAUUGACCAUAUGGAAAGGCGACUGGACUUCACCAUUGGCACACACUUUGCUGGAUUACCAGCUCUCAUUAACAGAAUAAAAGAAGAAGGAAUGAGAUUUAUCAUUAUCCUGGAUCCAACCAUCUCUGGAAAUGAAACCGAUUAUCCUACCUUCUCAAGAGGUGUGCAGGACAAUAUCUUCAUAAAAUGGCCCAAUACCAAUGACAUUAUAUAUUCCAAGAUCGAUGGAACACACGUUGCUUUCCCAGACUUCUUCCGCAAUUCCACAGUGGGGUGGUGGAAGAGAGAAAUCCUGGAGUUCUACAAUAAUCCCACCAACCCCUUGAGAAGCGUCAAGUUUGAUGGCCUGUGGAUAGACAUGAAUGAAUCAGCAGCUUUUCUGAAUGGCACCAUUGAUGGUUGUAGAAAUGACCUCCUAAAUAUGCCACCAAAUAUACCUCAUUUGGGAUACCGGUCAGAUGGAUUAACUGUCAAAACUCCAUGCAUGGAAGUACAACAAUAUCUUCCAGACGGAACCCCUGUGAGACACUACGAUGUCCACAGUCUUUAUGGAUGGUCACAAACAAAACCUACCCUAGAUGGUUUGCAGAGUGCGACCAAGGAGCGUGGGAUUGUUAUAACCCGUUCCACAUAUCCCAGUAGCGGAAGAUGGGCAGGACACUGGCUCAGUGAUAACACUGCAGCUUGGGACCAGCUAGCUAAAUCUGUUAUUGGUAUGAUGGAGUUCAGUCUCUUUGGAAUAUCUUAUACAGGAGCUGAUAUCUGUGGCUUCUUCAAAAACUCGGAGUAUGAGCUGUGUCUUCGCUGGAUGCAGCUGGGCGCAUUUUACCCAUAUUCGAGGAAUCACAAUGAGAAAGGAACAAGGAGGCAGGAUCCUGUGUCCUGGAACUCAACAUUUGAGGAGAUUUCCAGGAACGUGCUGAAUAUAAGAUACACCCUGUUACCCUAUUUCUACACAUUAAUGUAUGACGCCCAUGCCCAUGGCAGCACUGUGAUCCGCCCCGUACUCCACGAGUUUGUGGAAGACAGAACAACCUGGGAAAUAUAUGAGCAGUUCCUUUGGGGACCCGCACUGCUCAUCAGCCCUGUGAUGCAACAGAAUGCUGUAGCAGUGAAUGCUUACUUACCCAAUGCCCGCUGGUAUGAUUACUACACAGAUGAAGAUAUUGGCUUUAGGGGACAAUUCAAACUUUUACCAGCUCCUUUGGAGCAUAUCAACCUCCAUAUUCGAGGUGGAUACAUCCUUGCUUGGCAACGACCUGCUAAUACAACUUUUUACAGCCGAAAGAACCCGAUGGGGCUCACCGUCGCUUUGAAUGACACUCUGUUUGCUGAAGGACAGCUUUAUUGGGAUGACGGGGUUCGCAUCGAUGCAUAUGAAGAUGGUGUGUAUCUGCUAACAUCGUUUACUGCCAAUCAGAAUGUUUUAGAUGUCACAGUUUUGCAUCACGGUUACACUGAUCCAAACAACUUAAUGUUUACUGAAAUUAAAGUCCUGGGGGUGCCCACCAGUGUUGAGCAGGUGACCGUAUUGCAGAACGGCAGGACAAUCGCAUCGCCUCACACCAUGGACUACAAUGCCGCCAAGAAGCUCCUGACAAUCACCAAGCUUCAACUUGAAUUAGGCAAAGACUACACUGUGCAGUGGAGCUAAACUGCCUGCAGAAUAACACCAGCCAUACCACUGAACUUUCUCACUGUUUUAAAAUUAUUUUUCAGUGUGCCUCUUUGUCACCUUAAAAUACUUUUUACUAUAAAAACAUACUAGUGCAGUCGAUUCAUAUUAAGGCAUCAUGUGUAUAAAGCUGUCAUGUUUCGGUAUUGUUGAAAGUUAGAAGACGUCUAUGGGGUACAAAAUCUAUUUUGAACAGUAUUGCACUUCAGUGUAACUUCGUCUGUCAAAAUUGAGACUGAAUGUAAAACUCCAUGUUUUCUCAGAGUAGAAUUUCUGGCUGACUUCAUGCAUGCCAAACUGCGUAAAAAAGGUACCGUUGGUUUUACCUGCAUGGAUUUGGGGCCAUAAUUCUGCCUCUAUUUAACUUUCAUCUUGAUUUAAAUUAUGCCUAUAUAAGCCACUAUUGCGGAGAAGCUUUUAAGGCCAAACGAAGUAAAAGUAAAUAUUUUCAUAUUACUGAUUUAGCAUGAAAUGAUGUCCAAAUUGUUGAUCUAUAAAUCACUAAGCUACUUGAAAAACUCACUUAAAGUUGAGGGGUUUGGGUGGUUUGUUAUUUUUUAUUACGACUUUAGCCAGACAGUUGUGUUCCCCAGUGUUUUGAUCUGAAGUUGUAAAGUUAAACCUUAGGUUUCAAGGUUAACUAAUGA